ACAACACAACACAUUCACUCUCUUUAUCUCGCUCUCACAAAAUAAGAGAGAGGCGUGCGUGUACAACCAAAAACCCUAACUCGUUCACCAAAAACACAAAACAAACAAACAAACAAAAAAUAAUAAUAAUGGAUCCCGAGUCGACUCAGUUGCAGCAAGCGCAACUCGCCGUCAUACUCGGUCCCGACUCGGGUCCCUUCGAGACCUUGAUCUCUCACCUCAUGUCCUCCUCCAACGAGCUCCGUUCCCAGGCCGAGUCGCUCUUCAACCUCUGCAAGCAGACCGAUCCCGACUCGCUCUCCCUCAAGCUCGCCCACCUCCUCCAGUUCUCCGCCCACCUCGAGGCGCGCGCCAUGUCCGCCAUCCUCCUCCGCAAGCAGCUCACGCGCGACGACUCCUACCUCUGGCCGCGCCUCAACGUUUCCACUCAGGCCUCGCUCAAAUCGAUUCUGCUGUCCUCGCUGCAGCGGGAGGAGUCCAAGUCGAUCUCCAAGAAGCUUUGCGACACCGUGUCGGAGCUCGCCUCCGGGAUCUUGCCAGAUAACGGCUGGCCGGAGCUGUUGCCGUUCAUGUUCCAAUGCGUCUCGUCCGAUUCUCCGAAGCUGCAGGAAUCGGCUUUCUUGAUCUUCGCGCAGCUGUCGCAGUACAUCGGCGACACGCUCGCUCCACAUAUCAAGAACCUGCACGCCGUGUUCUUGCAGUGCUUGACGUCUUCGUCGAGCUCCGACGUGAAGAUCGCCGCGUUGAAUGCCGUGAUCAAUUUCAUUCAGUGCUUGUCGAGUUCGGCUGAUCGCGACCGGUUCCAGGACCUCCUGCCGGCGAUGAUGACGACGCUGACCGAGGCGUUGAAUAACGGUAACGAGGUGACGGCGCAGGAGGCCUUGGAGCUUUUGAUCGAGCUCGCCGGAACCGAGCCAAGGUUUCUACGGCGGCAGCUGGUGGACGUGGUGGGAUCGAUGUUGCAGAUAGCGGAAGCCGACGGGUUAGAGGAGGGAACAAGGCAUUUGGCGAUCGAGUUCGUGAUAACCCUCGCGGAGGCAAGGGAGCGAGCUCCAGGGAUGAUGAGGAAGUUGCCACAAUUCAUAAGCAGACUCUUUGCUAUCCUGAUGAAGUUGCUCCUCGAUAUCGAGGACGAUCCUGCGUGGCAUAGCGCCGAGACUGAGGACGAGGACGCUGGCGAGACGAGCAAUUACAGUGUUGCACAGGAGUGUUUGGACCGGUUGUCGAUUUCUUUGGGAGGCAAUACGAUUGUUCCCGUGGCGUCUGAGCAGCUUCCCGUGUAUUUGGCAGCUCCUGAGUGGCAGAAACACCAUGCUGCUUUGAUUGCUCUUGCGCAAAUUGCAGAGGGUUGCGCCAAGGUGAUGAUAAAAAACUUGGACCAUGUUUUGGCAAUGGUUUUAAAUUCUUUCCAACACCCACACCCCCGUGUGAGGUGGGCAGCUAUCAAUGCAAUUGGGCAAUUGUCCACAGAUUUGGGUCCAGACUUGCAAGUUCAGUAUCAUGGGCAGGUGCUGCCAGCACUUGCUGCAUCUAUGGAUGAUUUCCAGAAUCCUAGAGUACAGGCACAUGCUGCUUCAGCAGUGCUCAACUUCAGUGAAAACUGCACUCCAGAUAUCUUAACACCUUACUUAGAUGGAAUAGUGAGCAAAUUGCUUGUACUACUGCAGAAUGGGAAACAAAUGGUGCAAGAGGGUGCCCUGACUGCUUUGGCAUCAGUUGCCGAUUCAUCUCAGGAGCACUUCCAAAAAUACUAUGAUGCGGUUAUGCCUUACCUGAAAGCAAUCUUGGUGAAUGCCACUGACAAAUCAAACCGCAUGCUCCGAGCAAAAUCCAUGGAGUGCAUUAGUUUAGUUGGAAUGGCUGUUGGAAAGGAGAAGUUUAGGGAUGAUGCUAAGCAGGUUAUGGAAGUGCUUAUGUCUUUGCAAGGAUCUCAGAUGGAGACAGAUGAUCCAACCACAAGUUACAUGCUACAAGCAUGGGCUAGACUCUGCAAGUGUUUGGGACAAGAUUUUCUUCCUUAUAUGAGUGUUGUCAUGCCCCCACUGCUUCAGUCUGCUCAACUUAAACCUGAUGUAACCAUUACAUCUGCGGAUUCAGAUAAUGAUAUUGAAGACUCUGAUGAUGAAAGUAUGGAGACCAUUACUCUUGGGGAUAAAAGGAUAGGGAUCAAGACUAGUGUCCUAGAGGAAAAAGCUACAGCUUGUAAUAUGCUAUGUUGCUAUGCUGAUGAGUUGAAAGAAGGAUUCUUCCCAUGGAUUGAUCAGGUGGCCCCAACUUUGGUUCCACUUCUCAAAUUUUAUUUCCAUGAAGAAGUUAGGAAAGCAGCUGUUUCGGCCAUGCCGGAGCUACUGCGUUCUGCAAAAUUAGCUGUGGAGAAGGGGCAAGCUCAAGGUCGUAAUGAGUCCUAUGUUAAGCAAUUGUCUGACUACGUUGUUCCGGCUCUAGUGGAAGCAUUACAUAAGGAACCUGAUACAGAGAUCUGUGCAAGUAUGUUGGAUGCAAUAAACGAAUGCAUACAGAUAUCUGGAACGCUUUUGGACGAAAUCCAAGUCAGGUCCAUCGUGGAUGAGAUAAAACAGGUUAUCACAGCCAGUUCGAGUAGAAAAAGAGAGAGGGCUGAGAGGACCAAAGCUGAAGAUUUUGAUGCCGAGGAGAGUGAAUUGAUUAAAGAAGAAAAUGAGCAAGAAGAAGAAGUUUUUGACCAAGUGGGUGAAAUCUUGGGAACUUUGAUCAAAACAUUCAAAGCCUCUUUCUUGCCCUUCUUUGAUGAGCUGUCAACGUAUCUCACACCUAUGUGGGGUAAGGAUAAGACACCUGAAGAGAGGAGGAUUGCAAUUUGCAUCUUUGAUGAUGUGGCAGAACAGUGUCGUGAAGCAGCACUUAAGUACUAUGACACGUUUCUUCCCUUCCUGUUGGAGGCUUGCAAUGAUGACAAUCCUGAUGUUCGACAGGCAGCUGUAUAUGGACUUGGGGUUUGUGCAGAGUUUGGUGGAUCAGUAGUCAAACCUCUGGUUGGAGAGGCUCUUUCGAGGCUAAAUGCUGUGAUACGGCAUCCCAAUGCCCUGGAACCUGAUAAUAUUAUGGCCUAUGAUAAUGCUGUUUCUGCACUGGGAAAAAUAUGCCAGUUCCAUCGUGACAGCAUAGAUUCAUCUCAGGUUGUUCCUGCAUGGUUAAACUGCUUGCCAAUAAAAAGUGAUUUGAUUGAGGCGAAAGUUGUUCAUGAGCAGCUUUGUUCAAUGGUGGAGAGGUCAGACAGUGAAAUUUUGGGUCCCAACAAUCAAUACCUUCCUAAAAUUGUGGCAGUAUUUGCUGAGGUUCUAUGUGCUGGUAAGGAUCUAGCAACAGAACAAACUGCAAGCCGAAUGAUUAAUCUGCUGAGGCAGCUUCAGCAGACUUUACCACCAUCCACCCUGGCCUCUACUUGGUCCUCUUUGCAACCCCAGCAGCAGCUUGCCUUGCAAUCUAUCCUCUCUCAAUAGUAUCUUUGAUGAAAGGUGGCACCGUGCUGUUUUUGGAGACUGCAUUUUCUGGUCUGUUUGUGUCAAAUAUAUUUAUUACCCAUUCUUUUCCAUAAGAUGGUUCCCGUCAUUCCCUUUUUGCAUGAUGCUAUACAACAAGGCGGCAUCAAUUUGAGUGUGUAAGUCAUCGUUGCGAUUGAAAAUGAAUGUAGGAUGUGUAUAUUACAAGUUUUAUUUAUAGUGUGGUUCUCAUAAGAGAAGGGUAGCUAUGGUGAUUUUGAGAUAUUUUUUUUUUCACCCUUUUGCCAAUUUUAUUGGUGGUUGGUGCGUGAGAUUUGAGGGUUGUCAAGUGAGGCAAUUCUUGUAGCAGUUUUGGCCCCAUUGUGUUUUUCAUUUCAAACACACUUGGAAUAUUCUUCUGAAUUAUUAAUGGUGAAUUCUUUUUUGACGCUUGCAGUUUUUGAAA